UUGUCUCUCAUUUAUUCGGAGGAUUACAUCCGAGACGGCAAGAUUGGGAGGGAAGCCCUUACAAAUUAAUUUGCAGAGCAGGACACAGAAAUGGGUCGUGAUGUAGUCUUAAAGGCGAUAUGAAGCCGGAUAGUCCAGAGAUCAGAUUUGUUGGAGAGUUAAAGACGGUUUGCAAUAGGGGUGAUGGGGGUAGGAGAUAUCUGGAUCCCAUAUAAAAACCCGUUAGAUUGCGAUCCUGCUGGUCCAGACGGAACAGAUGAAGUUGAUCGCAUCCGCCACAACCCAAAAAUAACUCGACCGUGAUUGUGAUCGCAUCCAACAGCAAAGCAGCAGUGAGGGGAAUGAGGAGGAAUUUGAUGCAUGCAUGAAAAUCUGACACCGGUGCACCACUGCUGGCCUCUUUCACGCCGCAUAAUGGGAAUAGCAGGAUAACGGUUUUCCAGAGGCUUUUUGCUCCUAGUGGCAAGCGGCACCAAAAUAACCAGGUCAACAUUGAGCACGUGUUUUUGAACUAAGUUAGGCAUUUGUCUGAUCAGAUCGGCGGAAUGGUGUUUUUGAGAUGUCGACGGAGCAACUAUAUAUGGGCCACUCUGGGUGUGUUGGCGUUGUUGUGGCUCUACAUCUUCCCAGUUUACAGGAUCCCCAGCGAUAAAGAAAUGGUGGAUGAGGUUCUUCGGCAGGGACAAACCUGGACCAGAAACCAAACCGGGGUAGAUCUGUACAGGAAGCUGCUGACAGAAUGCUGUGACCCAAAGAGGAUGUUUGCAGUUACUAAGGAGAACUCGCCAAUAGGCAAAGUGUUGUGGUACGAUGGGGAGAUCUACCAUUAUCACAAAGUCAACAAUGAAACCUACCGAUUCUUUGUUCAGGAUACACCAUUGCACCUUCCUCUGAAGAAGUGUUCAGUUGUGGGCAAUGGAGGGGUCCUGAAACACAGUUGCUGUGGAAAAGAAAUUGACCAAGCUGACUUUAUCAUGAGAUGUAAUCUUCCUCCUCUGUCCAAAGAGUACACUGCUGAUGUUGGUACAAGAACACACCUGGUGAGCGCGAAUCCUAGCAUUAUUGAAAAGAACUUUCAGAAUCUACUAUGGUCCCGCAAAUCCUUUGUGGAAAGUAUGAAGGCAUAUGGUUCCAGCUACAUCUACAUACCAGCGUUCUCCAUGAAGCCUGGGACUGACCCCUCCCUGCGGGUAUACCACUCCCUUGCAGACUCCACCUCCAACCAGACGGUCCUCUUUGCCAACCCGGACUUCCUUAAAAACGUUGGUCGAUUCUGGAAGAACCACGGCGUCCAUGGCAAACGGCUGUCCACAGGGUUGUUCCUGGUUAGUCUUGCGCUUGGUUUGUGUGAAGAGGUGACCACUUACGGUUUUUGGCCUUUUUCGGUGGGGCUGGAUGAGCAACCGGUUAGCCACCACUAUUAUGACAACAUUCUCCCAUCCUCAAGAUUUCACGCCAUGCCUGAGGAGUUCCUGCAACUCUGGCACUUGCACAAGAGUGGCACACUGCGUAUGCGGGUUGGUGAUUGUGCAAAAGAAAGACAGGAGCCUAAAAUGGAAAAAUAAGUGGAAGUGUUGCCAGGGCAACUCCGUAUAUCCCCACUGGAACAGGAUGGCCAGGACAGCGAUUAGCAUGUGAAUACUGUGGGUUAUAAGGUGGUGCCCCUCCCCCAAAGCUGGGCCUCUCUUUGGUGUUUAUAUGCUUGAACCUCAAUUGCUACCAACUCACCCCACCCUCUUGUUGCCAAGGGACUGUUGUAAAGACUUGCAUGUGUACCCGUCCUCAUGUAUGCACUCACUGGAAGCUUGUUGUGUCCGUCCAUAGAAGUGCUGGGGUGAUGAGGGGCUCAGGUGUCAUGUGACCUAUUUAAACCUCAUCCACCAGCAGACCCUUGAAUCUAAGGACCAUUUGUUCACUUAAAAUAAAGACAGACUGGGGGAAGGGUUGCUUCAAACAAUGUCUUAAGAACUUUAAAUGGGAUCACAGAAAUUGGAAGCAAUGCUCUGACAAUUUUUGUUCUGUUCUGUCUUGAACACUGAUUCUUUUAGGGUUUUGAGGAAAUGGAAUAAGGAAUAAUAUGGAAAUCCUUCUUGCAGUGUUCACAUGUAUACAAAUCAGUGUAAAAAUACAGGUUUAGCCUGGAAUAGGGAAGGCAUUGAAUGUACAGCCACAGUUUUAUAAACACGUUUAAAAAAUUUGACACUGGUUUAAAGUGACGGCUGCAGAUUAUGUACUAUUGUGAAUAUAUUUCUAGUUGUAUUUAUUUUUAACAUUCAAUGAAGUAGGACAUUUACUGAGAACCAACUUGUCAGUCUAGAUCAGUCAUGAAACUCAUUUCUUUCAUGACCACAGUGCUUUGUCAAGUUAGGAGUGGGAAUUCAUGGGUCGAGAGACCACAUCUAGUUGGAAGUCUUCCACAAAACGGAUGAAGGCCCAAAUUCUGUAGAAGUGUGAGUGAAUUGUAUGUGUACCAAUGAAAAAGUAUGAUUGAGUUCAUGGUGACACCUGUGAUGGCAUCUUUAAGUAUUAUUUGUGUUAUUUGUUUGUGUUUGAAUUUAGUCAUUAGUAGA